GGAUUUUGAAGCACAGUAAGGCAGAGACGGCUAUUCAAUUCAAUAGCCUUUGCAUUCGUUGUUGGUACUCUCUGUGUGUGUUUUCAAUCAGGCGAGCGGCGCGCGAACGAACCUCAUAUUUUCCGCAUUGAUACGAUACCAACAAAACACAGCGAUACGAUACAAUAAAGCAGCGUAUGCAGCGCUGUUUGUUUAUUUUUUACAAGCUAAAAACAAACGACAAAACAAAUCAGCUAGCCGUCCGCGUUCGCGUUUGCUUGGCGCUGCAAAAAAAACACGCGUUUCGUUUCGUUGCCGUGCGUUGGGAGUUUCAAAAUUCAGAUUUCGAAUUUCAAAUUAGCGUGUGCCGUGUUCCUUUUUCUUCCCACUAUCAUACACACACAUAUGUGCGUGUACAUACGUGCAAUAAUCAAUACAAUACGACUUACAACAAACUGCGUAGAACAGUAUUAAAACUGGCUUAAGACUCAACUCCGACUUGCGUUGGUGUGCGGUGCGUUCAUACGAUUAUUUGUGCAAGAAGGGACGAAAGAGUGGCCAAUUGAGUUACUAUUUAAGACUGGCAGUGAUAGACAGCAUAAGAAAGGAAAUUAAAUAAAGCCAAUCCACGAGUAAACCGUUCGGACCAGAUCCGAUACCUCACAGUUAUAGUUAUGGAACACUUUCAUCAAAUACAGCAAACAAUUCAACACUAUCAGCAGCAACUGGCUGCUCAGCAACAACAACAAGUACAACAGCAACAGUUGCAACAGCACCAGGUGGUGGUGCAGCAGAAUCAGCAGCAGGCACAUCAGAACAGCUCCAACACCACAGCCGGCGUUGGAACCCAGCAGCUGUUCACAUACAAAAUGGCCAGCAGUUUUCCGAAUCCGGCCACGACAAUGGCCCAGGUGGUGGCCACAUCGAACGCCGCCGGCACCACGGGCUAUGACUACCGUCUAAAUAUGGCCCAGGCCGCCGCAGCAGCCGCCGUGCCCGGCUCCCAGUGGUGGUACUCGGCCGCCAAUCAGGGCCAGGUCGAUGCCAAUACAGCCGCGCAACUGCAGCACCAACAGCAGCAGCAACAGCAGCAACAACAGCAACAGCAGCAGCAGCAACAGCACCAGCAGCAACAACAGAUGCAACAGCAGCAACAGCAACAGAACGUCAUCAACUCUGCCGCGAGCCCAAUGAUCAGGGGCAAGGCAGAUGCAAAGCCCAGAGGCCGAAUGACCGCCUACGCAUACUUUGUACAAACUUGCAGAGAGGAGCACAAAAAGAAGCAUCCCGAUGAGACCGUGAUAUUUGCAGAGUUCUCACGAAAGUGUGCCGAGAGGUGGAAGACAAUGGUGGACAAGGAGAAGAAGCGUUUCCACGAAAUGGCCGAGAAGGACAAGCAGCGAUACGAGGCGGAAAUGCAGAACUAUGUGCCGCCCAAGGGGGCGGUUGUGGGACGCGGCAAGAAGAGGAAACAAAUCAAGGACCCAAACGCUCCAAAACGUUCAUUGUCUGCGUUCUUCUGGUUCUGCAAUGACGAAAGAAAUAAGGUUAAGGCACUUAACCCCGAGUUCGGAGUUGGCGACAUUGCUAAGGAGCUGGGACGGAAGUGGUCGGAUGUGGAUCCUGAAGUUAAGCAGAAGUACGAGUCGAUGGCAGAGAGGGACAAAGCUCGAUAUGAACGCGAGAUGACAGAGUACAAGACGAGCGGGAAAAUAGCCAUGUCCGCACCGUCGAUGCAGGCGUCGAUGCAGGCGCAGGCACAGAAAGCCGCGUUACUUGCCGCCGCUGCCCAGCAGCAACAGCUGGAAGAGCAGCACGACGACGACGACGGCGAUGGAGAUGAUGACGAGAACCAAUAGGUUUAGCAGUAAAUACUCUUCACUAUUUAUACACACAGUCGUUGUCACGAAGGAGAAAUGAUAAAUGAUAACGUUGGUUGAUCUAUUAUCAGGUUGACCAAUGUGUGUUGAAUAUAUAUUUAUAUAUAUAAGGGUGUUCUUUUUAGAGGUUCCGUUUUCCGGUAACAGAAAACUGUCACAAAUAGUUCAGAUCUGACAUCGCUUCUAUCAGUCGUGUUUUGAUUAAAUAGACUAACAAUCAUGGUGGGAAGGUUUUCAUUUUUAACGCAGUAAACAACAAACACAGGUCCAUAAAAAGCCCGAACAUUGCGUUUUCGGUCUUGUGAAUCUCGAAUGUGUGAUGGCUCUAACAGAAAUUUUUUUAACCAAAGUCUAGCUAUAAAUCCAAGUUCCACAUAAAUCUCUUGCCCUUUCUGAAGAAGUUUUAAAAUUAACCGAAGAGAAGUAGGCUAUGAAAACAUUGUUCCUAAACUCUGAAAAACUGUAUUCCGAAUUCUUAAGAGAUUCUGUGACACUAAUGGAUUUUUCAAGCGAUUUGCAAACCAACUGAAGAAAACCUCUACAGAUUUCUGUGAUUGGAAAACCAGAGCACAAAUUGUUUUUUUGUGGGAAUUUGAUCGUUAUCGGGAAGUGAAACCUCUAAAAAACACUUAUUAUAUAUAUGUAAAUGCAUAUAUAUAAAUAAUAUAUAAUUUUUUUUUUUAAUAUAAGUAAUCAAAUUUCCAUGAAUUAUGAAGAUAAAUCACAAAGAAACCUUUUAUAAGUUCUAUGUUAAGAUGAAUACGAUUAAGUAUGGUUAGAUUAAAAUGACAUUAAUCUGUUUGCAAACCUUAUUUGUGCUUCAGUGCUAAGUUUCUCCUAAAGUAAUAAGAGAAUUAUUUUAUAAAUUGAAGAAAUUCAUCAUGAUGUCAUUCGUUCUCAGCAACUAUGAAGGUUACCACUACAUUUAUAAAUAUUGGUACAUAUUUCCCAUUUAUUAAAGUUAGAUUCACCAUAAUGAAACUACAAA